UAAUUUCUCCCUGAUGCGAACCAAUCAGGAAACAGCACAUGUCAUGCGACAACGAUAGAGAGAGAGGGAGAGUGGGAGUUGUCUCUGUCUCUGUCGUAUUCUUCAACUUGAAGAAUUUGUAACGGUCUUUCCACUCUUUCCGCCAUUCAAUUCUGAAUUGUUCUGAUAGUUGCUUACUUGCCCAAACAUUUGUGCUCUGAAAGCUGCUACUGAAUAUUUUGAGAAUAUAUUUGGAAUAUCUUCAAGCAAUUUUCAUUGCUCUAAUUUAUAUCUAUUAUAUUUCAGGAGUUUCUUCAAAUUAAAGCAAUUUUUAUUGCUCUAAUUCAUAUCUAUUGUAUUUCAGGAGUUUCUUCAAAUUAAAGCAAUUUUUAUUGCUCUAAUUCAUAUCUAUUGUAUUUCAGGAGUUUCUUCAAAUUAAAGCAAUUUUUAUUGCUCUAAUUCAUAUCUAUUGUAUUUCAGGAGUUUCUUCAAAUUAAAGCAAUUUUCAUUGCUUCAAUUUUUAACUUGUAGUUUAGCUUUCAGGAAAUAGAUUCUUGAACAUGGAUGGGGAAAACGAUAAACUGAUUUGUCAAAUCUGUAAAAAGAAAUACUCUAGUGUUUCGGCGAAAUAUCGCCAUUUGCGAGAUGUUCAUAAUGAACAACCUAUUGCAAAACAGACAGUGCAUAUAAAAUGCCCCAUUUGCCCUCAAGAAGAAAAAGUAGCUCUUGAGUCUCAUGAUAUGCUGAUUAAUCACUUACAGCAGAUUCAUUCUCUAAGUAUCAAGACAUCACUUUUUACUUUUAAGAAUGAAGAAGAAUUUGAGACUUGGAGAGCACUUGAUAACAGAAAUGUGGAUUACGUAAAACGAAGAGAUCGUAAAAUCAGCGAUGGACAGGUGGUAUAUUAUGAAUGCAAUCGUAGUAAUUUUUCAGGAUAUACUAGCCAAUGUAGCAAACGCAGCAUGAAAACUGGGGGAAGUAUCAAAAUCUCUGGUUUCUGCCCUUCUAGAAUUCGUGUGAAGAUAUGUAAUACAGGGGUGGAUGUUAAAUUUGUUGAAACACAUGUUGGUCAUGACGAUCUACUGCGAUCUAAACAUUUGACAAAGGACCAGCAGGAAAUGAUUGCUAGUAAAUUGGCAGCUGGAGUCACAAAAGAAAGAAUUUUGGAAGAUGCAAGAACUAUAACCGGCAAUAAGCUAGAAAGAAUUAAUGUGCUUAAAAGGGCAGAUCUUGCUUAUAUUAUAAGAAAAUUCAACAUAGAGAAGAGGAGACAUGAUGAUGACAUGGUUGCCACCACUUUGAAAGUGAAAGAGUGGAACAGUCAAGGAAAAAAUUAUGUUUUUUUGUUCAAGCAAAUUGGAGAAACCUACCCAGGAUUGAAGGCAGAAGACUUUGCUCUAGGAUUCAUGAACGAUGAUAUGGAGAGAAAGCUCAAACAAUUCAAAAGGAUAAUAUGCAUCGAUGGAACCCAUGGCACAAACUCAAGACAUUAUGAUCUGACUAUAGUUUUAGUCAAAGAUGAGAAUAAAAUCGGUUUCCCGGUGGCUUUCUUAUUAUCGAAUAGACUGGAUCAAACCAUCCAAAAUAUUUUUUUUGAUGCUUUGAAAUCUAAGAUUGGAGAGCCAGUGGACGCAGAAUAUAUUAUGACCGAUGAUGAUAUAAAAUAUUAUAAUGCAUGGUGUCAGGCAAUGGUAACAGAAAGAAAGCCAAGAAGGCUCCUCUGUACUUGGCAUGUUAUUAAGAAUUGGAAUAUACAGGGGAGAAACAAGUUGAAGAAUGUGGACAACAAAAAAGAGAUGAAAAAUAGAAUGCGAAAAAUUUUGAAGGAGACUGAUGUAUCAACAUUCCACAAGAUGAAAGACGAAUAUUUCAAGCAUUUGGAAGAAGGACAGGAAAAUGAGUUUUUGAAAUAUUUAAAGAAUUAUUAUUUCCAAAGUGAAGAAAGAAUCAUGAUGUGGGCUCACUGCCACAGAGUAAAUGUUGGGAUUAAUACCAACAUGGCUAUAGAAAGCCUGAAUAAAGUAUUGAAGUACAAUAAAAUGAGGGGAAAUCAGAAUUUACGGGUAGAGAAAUUACUGGACACUUUGGAGGAAUUGGUAAAUGAAAAGAUGUGGAAAAACAUUAUUGACACAGAAAGACCUUCUGCCAAUCAAUACCAGGCCAGAGUUAACCGAGAAGCUCAUUCGAAAGCAGAAAAUGGACUGACCGAUAAAGUAGUAUGCUUAGAAACUGGUGAGUUUAGAGUACCAUCGGAAUCCGUGAGUAAUAAAUUUUAUAUUGUGUCAUAUAAUGAGUUGUGUGAUAAGGAUUGCACAUCUCUAUAUUGCAUUAAGUGCAAAAUAUGCAUCCAUAGGUUUAGAUGUCAAUGUGCAGAGUUUACUAUAAAAGCUGCCAUGUGUAAACAUAUACAUGCAGUUGCUCUGGUCGCAGAGAGAAGCGAUUCUGUUUUAGGUGUGAGAACUGUAAAUGAUGAUGAUGAGGACAACAACUUAUAUAUAUGUCAACCAUCAACAAGUAGGGCUGCUUAUGAAAUGGAUGUCCAGAGUGUCGUAGGUGGAUCCAGUCAAAUUACAAAUGAUCCAAUAGAUUCUACUACAAAAGAUAUUGUAUUAGAACAAGCUAGAAUGCAGCUUGGUUUAUUGGAUGUGGGUACCCUUCGUAACAUUGCAAAAAUUAUUAGAGACGCUUAUAACUUGCAAUGCAAUAAUGCUUCUACCAGCAGAAAAAGAAAAAUAGAGAAACAGUUGUAUUUCCCAAAUCUAAAUGAGAUAAUUAAAUAAUGUUAGAAGAGGAAAAUUGGAAUUGAAAGAGUCCUUAUGUAUUUUUCUAUUGCAACAUGUUGGUAUAAGGAUGGUUUUAAGGCCAUACUUGAAAGAGCUUUCUAUUUCAGACUUUGAAUUUCAACCACCUCGGAGAAGACUCUAAUUUCCCUUUAUGGAAGAAUCAAGAUAAGAUGUCCUUCAGUAUUGAAUAUCUCCUGUUAAUUUCGUUUGGUUUUUUUUUGUAAACACGGGGAGGCAGGGUUUUUUCUUCUGAGGUUUUUCCCUGAGCUCUUGUAUCAUACGCAGAAUUGUAUGGUUCCCCGUUGCACUAACCUCAGCUAAAUAUUAACAUGAAUAAAGAAGCAUGUUAAUCAAA